AUGAUCAUUACUUCAUUCUAAACUAGUGAAUCAGAUAAAAUUUUCAGCUAAUCAUCAACCAUCACCAAAAAUAAAAAAUAUUAUAGAGUAUUUCAAGCUAUUUCAGUAAUAUCUAUAAUAUUAGUUUUUAUUUAUCUGAUAAAUACUUAAAAUCCUAUUUAAAAUGAUACUAUUUUGAAAGAAAUCGAAUAAUCUGAAAAAAAUAAUGGACAUAAUGAUAUAUUGACAGAGUAGGAUAUGGAUUAAUUAGGCUUAGAGUUUUUGGAUAAAAAUGAAACUUAGCAAGCAAUAAGAAUAUAUGAUUAUCUGCAUUAAAAGUAUCCAGAUAAUUUGAAGUAUUUAAAUUCUUUAGCUUAUGCUUACUUUGUUUCAGGUGAUAAUAAAAAUGCAUUUUUGAACUUUCAAAAAAGCUUGUAAUUAGAUUAGGAUAACGAAUUUGCUUUAUUUUAUACUGGCUUAUAUUACAUUUAAUAAUAGGAUAAUUAAAAUGCCAAAAUUUUCUUCUAAAAGGUUUUAACACUAAACUCUAAACAUGAAGGUGCUUUAUUAAAUCUAGGAAACUUAAUUUAUGCAGAAAAAGAAGAAAAAUAUGAAGAAAAAUCUGCAUUCUAUUAUAUGAAAUGCAUCGAAAGCAAUUAAAAAAAUAAAGAAUGCUUGUACAAAAUGGGUAUAUUAUAUUUCAAUAGAGACUCAAGUUAUCAAGCUAUUAAAUUUUUCAAACUCAUACUUGAUGUAGAUCCUUAGAAUGCUUUAGCAAACUGCGCCCUUGGCGAUGCUUACUAUAAGCUAAAAUAAAAUAAUGAAGCACUAAUAUAUUACAAAAAUUGUGUAGAUUUAUUGAAAUAAGAUUAGUAAUAGAAAGAGUUGAUUUAUUACUACAAAAAAAUAUUAUAGAUAGAUCAAAAAAUUUACCCUGAAAUUAUAAAUAUUUUGGCUGAUUUGUAUUACAGUUAAUAACAGUAUGAUGAUGCUUUACUAUUUUACAAACAAGUCAUAAGAAUGAAUCCAAAAGAUGAGAAAGCCCUUUUAGCUAUAAUUGAAAUAUAUGAUAAGUAGAAUAAUAUAAAAGAAUAAAUUUUUUGGCUCAAGAAUUUAGUUGAAUUAAAAAAUUUAAACAAUGACAACUAUAUCUUAAAGCUCGCAGAUAUAAAUUACAAAAUCAAGAACUGCUCUGAAGCUAUUUAUUGGUAUAAAUAGUUAUUUAAUAAAUAAAACUAAAAUUAUAAUUUAGCAUUAUAAAUUGCUUAAUGCUAUGUAGAUAUUGAAGAUGAUCAUGCAGCAGAGCUUUGGUAUUAGAAAGUUUUAAUAAUUGAUCAGUAGAACUAAAUCUCAUUAGAAAAAUUAUCCGAACUAUACUAUAAUGAAAGGAAAAAAUAACAAGCAGCUAAGUACAGCUAAUUAUGCUUAAAUAAUUAUAUCUAAUCAUUAAUUUGUAAUAAGAUUACAGGCUUUUUGUAUUACGACGACGGUCAUUAUUAAGAAGCAUCCUAAAAUUUAUUAAUGGCUCUAAAGCAAGAUCCAUACGAUCCUUAAGCCUUGUUUACUAUAGCAUAAACAUAUGAAGCUCUAAAAGAUUAUAAAAAAGCUUCUUUCUUUUAUAAAAAAUGUAUUACUGUAAAUCCUAUUGCAUCAAUAUACAAAAACUUGGCAGAAUGUUUAUUAUAAAUAGAUGAUAUAGAAGAAGCAAUAAAAAUGCUAUAAAAAAGCAUCGAGUUAGAUCCAAGCUAUUAAGAUUCUUAUUUGCUACUAGCAAAAAUUUAUGAAAACUAAAAUGAAGAAUAAUCGUCAAUUGAAAUUUAUGAAAAAUAUUACUAGAUAGAUCCAUAUGAUGCUUCUGUAGUUAUAAAGCUUGCUAAGUAUUUUUAAAAAGAAAAUAAUAUAGAAAAAUCAAUGAAUUAUUAUAAAUUUCUAAUUGAAAUAAGGGAGAGCUAUGAGCCUGCCUACCAAGCUAUUUCUUCUCUUUACUUAUAGUAAAAUAAAUUAGAUUAAGCAAUUUUUUAUUUUCACUAAUUAAUAAGCAAUAAUUAGUUUAAUGAAUUUGCAGUCGCAUAAUACAAAUACUUGAUUGCUUUAAAAAAAUGA